AUGGAAUCAACAAAACUUAGUUAUGACCAAGAAUGGGUUAUACAGAUAAGUCGAGCCAUAGAAGAAGGCCUAGAAGAAAGCGAUGAAGAAGGCGUUCCCGUUAGCAUCUUUAGCGUACCCAAAAGCCUAAUCUCUUUCAAACCAGAAGCAUACAUUCCACAGCUAAUAGCCCUUGGUCCAUACCAUCACCAGCGGCUUGAACUCUUCGAGAUGGAGCACUACAAGCUCACUUCCGCUAAGAGACUGCAAAAGAACCUCCAUCCAAUCAAAUUCUGCCACUUGGUCAACCAUAUUGCGGAAAGUGAUAGCACUCUCCGCGCUUGCUACCACCGCUUCUUGGAGUUCGACCGGGAAACACUUGCAUGGAUGUUUGCCAUCGAUACUUCCUUCUUGUUGGAGUAUCUUCAUACCUACUCUGCCAAAACGGAAGGUUCGCUUGUGCGAAUCUCUUCUAAGAUGGCACAUCUGAUCGACCAUACAAGAAGGAAAACCGCACACCACGCAAUCGUCGGGGAUAUUAUCAUGCUGGAAAACCAAAUCCCUCUCUUUUUGCUCAGAGAAGUCCACAAAUUUUUUCUGCUGCAUGAAGAUCAUGACCAAGCAUUAGCCACAAUGCUGAUGGGUUUCUGCAAAGAUUUAUUACCCAUCAAGUACAUUAAUUACCAACAUUUUAGAGAAGAAUGUUUCGAGAGAGCCCAUUUGCUAGAACUUCUCUACCACAUGUUUGCACCAAAGCUGCAACUUGUACCUGAUUGUGAGCAGGAGGAGCCAAAAGCGGACGAAGAGAUUGGCUGGUUUAGAAAGGCCUUGAAAUCAUUCUUGGCGGCACUAAUUUAUAUUAACUUGGCCCCGCUCCGCCUUCUCAGUAAAAUUUGCAAGUCAAAAGCAAUCAUGCUUCUGGUUACACUGCCAUUUACAAUCCUCUCGUAUGUUUUGCAUCUUGGAAACAAGGGAACCUGGAAAGUGCAUCUCAGAAGUUGUUGUGGAUUGGAAUCCAUAAAUUUCGACAAUUGUUGUGGUAAAUUUUACCUUCCCGUUAUUCAUUUGGAUGAUAACUCAGAAGUUGUGCUAAGGAACCUGGUGGCCUAUGAGGCAUGCAUUGCGCCGGAGGUGAUGAUUUUUACACGUUACACGGAAUUGAUGAAUGGAAUAAUUGAUGGUGAGGAGGAUGUGAGGAUUCUUCGAGAGGCGGGGAUCAUCUUGAACCGCCUCAAAAGCGAUGAAGAAGUGGCAACACUUUGGAAUGGCAUGGCUAAGUCUGUAAGGGUAACGAAAGUUCACAUUCUGGACAAGGCCAUUGAAGGUGCAAAUACUUAUUAUUCGGGGAGUUGGAAGGUCAGGAUGAUCGUGGCCAUGAAGAAGUACGUCUUUGGUUCAUGGCCAUGUCUUACGUUUCUAGCAGCUAACACUCUGAUAUUGUUGUCUACUCUGCAGGCUGCGUGCACGAUGUACAAUUGCUCCAAAAUUUUCAAGGCUCUAUGA